UGCUAAAGCUCGCUCGCAUCAGUAUCUCGUCGUCAUUCCCAGCGAUUGGUCGCACUGUGUAAAACGGACGCAACAUGACGACCGUACCGCUCGGUGCACCGUGUGUAGAAAAGUGUCCGGAAAAGUACGACCUAUAUCAACCGGCCGACUCGGCACUGCAUCGCCAAAUUGCGGCCGAUGAGCUGCGCGAAGAACCGGCCAUCGUCGAACAGGCGCUGGAGCAGAUGCGCGAUUGGAUUGCGAAGAAUCCCGCCAUCCACACGUGCCGCACCGAUGCCAGCUUUCUGUUGCGCUUUCUGCGUGUGCGCAAGUUUUCCCACCUGGCGGCGUGCGAAACGCUCGAGCGGUAUCUCGUAUCGCGCCAGCGGUUCCCCGCCUGGUACAGCAAGCUGGACACGGCCGAACCGUGGGUGCAGGUCAUGAUCGACAGCGAGUUUGUGGUGCCGCUUGGGCGCGAUGAGCUGGGCCGUGCGGUGUAUCUGGUGCGCUACGCCAACCUGGACAUCGAUCGGUUUGAAGUGACGGAUCAGAUCCGGUUCUUCACGAUGGUGUUUGAGACCAUUUGCCACGACGAGCUGAACCAAAUUGCCGGCCUGGUGUGUGUGUUUGACGAAACCAAUGUGCCGAUGCGUGCAUUCGCCCAGUGGUCACUGACGGAAAUUAAGAACUACAUCGACUGCGUAACGAAGGCGCUUCCGCUGCGCGUGAAGGAGGUGCACGUGGUGAAUUUGCCACUGUUUGGCGCAGCCGUCGGCGAGUGGAUCAUGAGCUGCUGCAGUGAGAAGCUGCGCAGUCGGCUAAAGUGUUACCGAUCGAUGGAUGAAUUUGCUGGCAAUUGCAACCUGCUGUCCCUGCUGCCAAAGGAGUACUACGGUGGGAAGCAAGAGCCGAUAGACUUGAAGCGCCAGAUGAGAGAAUCGUUCGACCGUUGCCGAAACAUCAUCCUAGCGCUGGACGAUAUGAAGGUGGACGAAAAGUGUUGUUUACUGGUGAAAAGUCAAACCAAGCCGGGCGGCGAUGAGGGAAUGAUCGGCAGCUUCCGAAAGUUGGACGUUGAUUAACUGAUUAAGUGGUUGAUCUUCAAAGUGCAUAUGUGUUACUGAUUUUUUUUUAAUUGUAUUAAUGUGGUGAAUCGGUGGACUAGAAAUAUAUCAGCCUUCCCUUGAAACUGCCAUGCUUGAUUUGUUGUUGACCUGCGACCGGCGGGUACUGUAUGCGGUACUGAUGUACAUACUCGUACAUGCCGCCAAGGACAAACAGUAACGCGUAGUAGUAGCGAGUGUGCGAUGUGGGAACAGGUUUUAGCUAGUGCACGUAAUGGGCGUGUGCUAAAUAAGUGCAUCCCGUGUACGCAUUGUACUUAUAGUUUUUUUUUUGUAACGUUUUUUAGAUGUACAAUUGAGUGAGACUAAAUUGCCUUGUGCUUGUGUAAUACAACACAUGAAGUAUGGUGUUCGCAAUUGUUUUGUUAUUUCCAUUGCAAAACAGAUCAUGGACCGGUCCCGUGAUAAAGUCAUCAACUCAUACGACCUAACAACAUGCCGAUCAUGGGUUACAAGACCCGAAUGGCCCGUGUCCCUCAUACGAAGCAUAAUAAGUCACUGAUAGCCAAGCCCACUAGUGGUACAGCCCCAGACCUUGACCGACAACCGUUAUUGUGCCAACGAAGAAGAAGAAGAAGAAGAAGAAGAAUACAGAUCAUGUAAAUCAAUUGCGGCCUGUUAGGGCCAUUCUGACGAAACUAAGCUAUUUUACAUAUCUCUUCACGGUAUCAUAAAGGCCAUUUUGAGUUCAUAUUUCAUUAUAAUUGUUUGUAUUUCAUUUCUGUCAUUAAAUUCACAAUACAUUUAUCUAGUUUAUAAAAAAAGGUAACCCAUCCCCUGCUCAUCAA